AUGGUUUUGUCGCCGUACGAUUUGAAGAAAGAUCCGUUGGACGCGCAAGAUGCGCUGCUUUUUCGCGCCAGUUUUUGUGGUAAGACUACUGUAGCUUGGGGUACUGUAGAUCAAAAAAUCUGCUCGGAAAAUGCGAUUUUUUGAUGUGAAAAUCAUCAAAAACUGGUAGAAAUGUGGGUUUUUGGGGUACUGUAGAUUACGGUUUUGGAGUACUGUAGGGAGGGUACUGUAGAUCAAAAAAAAAUCCUGGAUUUUUGGAACCAAACUUUCUCGGGUUACUGUAGAUCUUUCAAGAUACUGUAGAUCCUAGAAAACCUGAAAAAUUAGGAGUUUUGGGGUACUGUAGAGGAGGUACUGUAGAUCAGCAAAUUCUGGAUUUUUGACGCCAAAUUCUAUCAGGUUACUGUAGGUUUUGUGACGUGAAAAAUCGAAAUCCACGUGUCAAAUCUGGUUACUGUAGAUCAAAAAUGUGGCACCAAAAAAUUGCGGUAGAUCAAAAAAUUCCAGAAUUUUUUUCCCGUAGGUUCUCGAGGUACUGUAGAUCCUAGAAAAACUGAUAAAAUUAGGGUUUUUGGGGUACUGUAGGGAAGGUACUGUAGAUCAAAAAAAAUUCUGGAUUUUUGGAACCAAAAAUCAUCUGGGAUACUGUAGAUUUUGGCGCCAAGAAAUUUUGUAGAUCAAAAAAUGUCCAAAUUUGCCUUACAGACGACGAACAACGCGACGUCUACGAAGCUGCAAUGGUAAUUCAACGCGCCUACCGCGAAUACCGCGCGCGGAACACGUCGCGUCGUCAAGAAGACCUCGAACGCCGUGCUGCACUCAAAAUCCAGGGUUGCUAUCGUCGUUACAAACAAUUCUGCUACUUCAAAAAGUUGCACAACGCCGCCAUCGUCGUCCAAAAACAUUUCCGGAUGCGGAAACGCGGAGAAGCGGAUGCGAGCGGUGACGCGGCUACGGAAGCGGUACCCGAACAUCCGACACUCGAUGGACAUGCGAUUCGAAUUCAAGUGCCGCAAACGAAUUCGUCGUUGUCGCUUCGCGAACAUCGCGCCGCGACGACUAUUCAACUCGCGUAUCGCGGACAUCGCAAGCGGCAAGCGGCGGCGCGGAAAAUUCAGAAUUUUAUGCGACAAAGUCGCAAUAAGUGAGUUUUGGGGGAGGGGUACUGUAGGGAUUACUGUAGGAGCAUUGCUCAUUUGAAACUCAAAAUAUUGCAUUUUCACUGUAGAUCCUAUAAGUUUCCAAGAGUACUGUAGUUGAGCUUACUGUAGAUUUGGAAUUUUCUAGUUUUCCUUCAGAUCUUGGACUCAUAAAAGGGUACUGUAGAGAUUACUGUAGAUCAAAAUUUUCAAGAUUUCUAGUUUUGAGAUUUCUUGAUUUUCCAGGAGUACUGUAGUUGAGGUUACUGUAGAUUUGGAAUUUUCUAGUUUUCCUUCAGAUCUAAGGGUACUGUAGGUUACUGUAGAUCAGGAUUUUCCAGAUUUCUAGUUUUGAAAUUCUUUGGGAUUUCCCAAGAGUACUGUAGUUUUCAAACUUUUUUUGAGAUUACUGUGUAUUCCUUCAUUUUGCAGGAGUACUGUAGGUUAUAGUUUAUCUAUUUCUACAGUAAUCUGGAUUACUGUAUCUCAAAAUGUACUUUUCUAGCGAUCACCAUGUUCAAUUUUCAAUGGUAAGAAAUUUUUUUCAAAAAUUUUUUUUGAAAAAAAAUUUGAAAAUGUUGUGAUGUAGUUGUGAUUUUUUUUUGAUUUUUUGCCGCCAAAAAUUUGAAUUUUGAAAUUGAUUUUUUUUGCAGACUUCGGAAAAUGCAUGCGCAAAACGACGACGUUGCUCCGCCAAUUCCGGCGUCGCCAAACCACCAAAAAAUUUGA